CCCUAGUUCGGAUCUAUUUGGCCUAAAGUUAACUGCAUAAUCAUACUCUACGUACAGACAUGGAGCCAAGGUGGAGCCUUCAAGGCAAGACUGCUCUUGUCACUGGUGGAGCAAGAGGGCUAGGACAUGCCAUAGUGGAGGAACUAGCUGGGUUAGGGGCAAUAGUCCACAUGUGCGACAAGUCCGAAGCUCAUCUAAACCAAAGUUUACGCGAAUGGGAAGAGAAGGGCCUUCAAGUAAGUGGCUCACUCUGUGAUGUAUCUUCUCGGCCCGCAAGAGAGAAGCUGAUGCAGACCGUCUCCUCUCUAUUCGGUGGCAAACUCAACAUUCUCAUAAACAACGUUGGCAUAUGUGUUGCAAAGCCGACGGUAGAAAUGACGGCAGAAGAUUUCUCGUUUCAGAUGGCUAUGAAUUUCGAGUCGGCUUACCAUCUAUGCCAGCUCGCUCACCCUCUCUUGAAGGCUUCGGGCUAUGGAAGCAUCGUCUUCAACUCUUCUAUCGGCGGCGUUGUGUCAUGCAUUCUCGGAUCCAUCUAUGGUGCAACAAAAGGAGCCAUGAACCAGUUGGCAAAAAAUCUAGCAUGCGAGUGGGCAAGGGACAACAUAAGGACAAAUUCGGUCGCUCCUGGUGUCGUUGAAACUCCUAUGACUGAAACAUUUCUCGGUUACGAAGAAUUCACGGAGACUGUGGUCUCGAGAACUCCAUUAGGCCGUCUUGGAGAGGCGAAGGAGGUUUCAUCGCUCGUGGCGUUCCUGUGUAUGCCGGCGGCUUCUUACAUAACUGGUCAAACUGUUUGUGUUGAUGGAGGUCUCACCAUCAAUGGCUUCUCCUACCACCCGACGGCGUGACGCGUGAAGCCGAUUACUUUCUUCCUCGAACAACGACAUGGUUAUGUAAUAUUUGGAUACACAAAUAAACAAGUGAAUCAAAAUAAUAUGUUUUUUUUUAUAAUCCGGAAGUUCACCGGAUCUUUGGUCCGACUACAUCUCCCAGAGGAGCGGGGAAGCCUAUGUGAAUGCCCCUCCCAACGUUUGGAUUUGAACCCAGAAUGAGAGCAUGUUUUGCAUGUUCUCUCACCACUAGGCCACCCAAUCAAAAUAAUAUGUUCAAAGAGGCUGAAACUGUUUGAAACCAA